AUGUUCGGAAACGUAACGCCGGAGAAGGCUAUAAGCUUCACGCGUUUCAGCGUGUCGUUGAAUUGCUGUUGGCCGCUGCCGCCGACAGCCACGAAAACGCAAUUGAUUCGUUUCAAGAUCCAAAGAUUCCUAGCAAUCGUCAGCUCUCUCGCGCUCGUUUUGCCACUGAUAUACGCGCUGCAUGUGCAUCGCAACGAUUCGAUCAUCCUCACGAAAGCUGCUUGCCUCGCCGUAGCUUGCAGCCAGAUACCAGUUCAGUCGUCUUUCUGCAUUGCUUUUUACGAUCGAAUUCAGGCAUUGAUCGAGGAAAUGAUGGAUUACUGCGUGAACGCAAAACCGUACGAAAGAUCUAUCCUGCAGCAAUACGUCGACAAGUAUUCCACGUUUUACGGGGCAUCGGCGAUCUGGGUAUUCCUGACUGCCGUUGCCUUCUCCGUGGUAACUCUGUUACUGGAUCAGCCGUUCCAAACGGAAGCGGAAUACCCAUUUCGCGUCGAUUACGAACCUUUGAGAACCGUGAUUUUUAUACAUCAGUUUGUGGUCGGUCUACAGUGCGCCUCGAUCGUAUGUGUAAACGUGUUCGCCGCGUUGCUAUUGUUGUUCGCGGCGGCGCUUUUCGAGAUUCUAAUGGUGGAUCUACGCGCUGUACAGAAUAUCGAGAUGUUAAUAGAAUGUAUACUCAGGUAUUACCAUGUCAGAAGAUACGCGCAAGAAGUGGUUGUAUUCGCUCGAUAUACAGCUCUUUUUACAACGAUCGUGGCCAGCUUUCCUCUCGUGCUCUGCGGUCUUCAAAUUAUCGGACGGCAAUCUUUAGCGGUAAAAGUGCCAUUCAUAUUCUUGGUUCUGACCGCGUUAACUGAAGUUUUCAUGUGCGCUUGGCCAGCCGACAUUCUAAUGGACGCGAGCGCAAAUGCUAUUCGAGGCUUGUACGAAUCGACAUGGUACGAUCAGCCUUUAGAGCUGCAGAAAAUAGUGAUGUACACAUUGAUACCACAGAAGCCUAUAAUCGUCAGUGUCGCGUGUGUCAUUCCAAUCAUGUCGUUGAACUAUUAUUGCUCGUACGUUGGAAAUGCAUUCUCCAUAUUUACUGCAUUGCGAAUCGUGAUGGACGACGAAGACGAAGACUUAAUGCGCGAGUCUUUUAACUCUACGUUAACCAGCGGUUGA